AUGAAAGCAGUGGACACACAAGCGCAACUCAACGACAUAGCCGAGUUCGUCAAGCAGACAAGGCGAUCGAAGCACAUGCGCACGCGCACGCACUUAGACACAGACACAGAAACAGACACAGAUGUAACCGCACAUGGAUCCACACUGAUGGGAGAAAUGCGGCGACGCCACGAGAGAGAAGUCGCAGCAUUGAAGCAGACCCACCUAGAAGAGAUAUCAGCAGCAUGUCGAUAUCUGCGCGAGAAGACACAACCAUCACUAGCAUCGCCUUUGUCUAAUGCGCACGACGCGCACAAGAAGAGGAGGCGUGGACGCGACUCAGGCAUACUCUCUCUAGAUACACGCGAUACGAAUAUAACGCAGGAGCAGAUCAAUAUGGCAAUUAACCAACGCGAUAGAUUUCUCAGGGAAGCUGCACGUAAGAAGGACACAUCAGGCAGAUCAGAAACAGCACACACAGCAAACUCGGCACGCACAGUACACACAGCACACGAUAUACAUCAACCUCAACCUCGACGUCAAUCCACUCUGCCGAGCAUAAGCUUAAUGUUUCCAGGCUACUUUGACCGCAGCAGAGGGGAUAUAUAG